GCUGCAUCUGAAUCAAACCAAACGCACCGAACCAUUUAGGCCUCUUAAACCGAAGGCCCCUCAAACCCCUUCCCCACACUCUUUACUCUGUCCUUUCUAUUUCUCUACAAACACCACUUCGACCCUUUUCUGUAGUGCAAUGGCCAUGACUAAGCUUCUCUGCGUUCUGCUUCUGGCUCUCCUUGCCAUUUCCAUGAUCACAACUCAGGUUAUGGCAAAAGAUGCAGCUUAUCACUUGGACCGAAGUAAAAAUGGACCCGGGAGGAAUUAUGGACCUGGGAGUCUAAAGAGCUCACAAUGCCCUUCUGAAUGCUCAAGAAGAUGUAGCCAGACACAGUACCACAAGCCAUGCAUGUUCUUCUGUCAAAAGUGCUGCAAAACUUGCCUAUGUGUUCCCCCUGGCUACUAUGGGAACAAGUCUGUGUGCCCCUGCUACAACAACUGGAAGACCAAGCGUGGAGGACCCAAAUGCCCUUGAAGUUACACAGGCAUGAUUUGACCCACAAUUUUAUAUUACUCAAAGUGGAACCACCAACUAUGGCCAUUGCUACAUGUGUUUCGGGUAGCAGCUAGUACAAUUGGGUCUUCACUAAGACUAUUACUAAGUUAACAAUCUUGUUCUCGACCAUGAAAUUAAACCAAUCAUUAAUUUCAUGAAGAAUCCUGAACAAGAGGGUGUUGUUCUUCUGGUUAAUCAAUUAAAUUUGUCAUUGUUCUAUUACAUAUAAUGAAGUUAUUUUAUGAUGUGAGUCAUGUAAUGUUUACGACAGAUAUGGGAUGUAGGCGAAAGGAUCUGAAGAUCCAAGCUUAUUUUAAUUGUUGUA